AUGGGCUUAGUAGAAUUGGAGAUGAGAUGGAAUACAAGGUAAGUGAUUCUCUGAAGCAUUGUUUUGGAGCUUCACACAAAGUUUCAAAAAAAUGGUAUCUCAAUCGGUUUCAGUUCCUACAAGUGCUAGCUUCACUAUCGCUUCACACAGAACAACACCGUCCCAAUUCGCGUUUUCUCACAGAAAUCCAAUAGCUUCUACCUUGUCAAUCCCCUAUGGUCAUUCAUCCAAAAUCGGGUUAUCAAGUAAAACCCGUGGUUUUCGUUUAAAACUUGAUGAAAAAAAUACGCAUGAUGCCAAUUCAAGUUAUGGUGUAAUUGAAGCCAAGAAGGGGAACCCGCCAAUAACACCAGCAGUGAUGACUCCUGGAGGAGCUAUUGAUCUCUCAUCUGUUUUGUUCAGGAAUCGUAUAAUAUUCAUAGGACAACCAGUUAAUUCACAAGUGGCUCAGAGAGUUAUAUCACAGCUUGUGACUCUGGCCACUAUUGACCCAGAUGCAGAUAUACUGAUGUAUAUAAAUUGCCCUGGUGGAAGCACUUAUUCAGUGCUUGCAAUUUAUGAUUGCAUGUCUUGGAUAAAGCCAAAGGUUGGUACAGUAUGCUUUGGAGUCGCUGCAAGCCAAGGAACACUUCUCCUUGCAGGUGGGGAGAAGGGAAUGCGCUACUCAAUGCCAAAUGCUCGCAUAAUGCUGAAUCAACCACAGUGUGGAUUUGAGGGUCAUGUUGAGGAUGUGAGACGUCUAGUGAAUGAAGCUGUUCAAUCCCGCCAUAAAAUUGAGAAGAUGUUUAGUGCUUUCACCGGACAGCCAUUAGAGAAGGUGCAAGAGUACACAGAGAGGGACAGUUUUCUAUCUGUUUCUGAGGCUUUGGAGUUUGGUCUUAUAGAUGGUGUCCUGGAAACAGAGUAUUGAAUCUAGAAUUUGGGCUGUAUAUUUGUAUUUUUUAAAAGUUGAUCACUUUAAUUGUUGUCCAACUGAUAUUGUAGAAUUUGAUUGAUUAGUAGAAAGGAGGGCAUCUCUCUAAAGUUUCAUGGGACACCCGGUGUAAAGUUCUUGGGUUUGGGGAAACAGAUUUCUUACAAUCAAUUGAUUUGCUAAAAUUCAAAUGAGUCA